AACUCCAGACGUCGCUUUCACUGUCAGAGCAUUAACAAUGCUGCGUGUUUGUGCUUAUAACACAUAUCUGGGAGCCCUUUCCGUAUGAUGCAGCUGAUACUUGACUCUUGAACAGAUAUAAUCACCUCCCAGGGCUGUCAUGUUGCUCCCCUCUGACGUCGCUCGGCUGGUUUUGGGAUACCUGCAGGAAGAGGGACUGUCAAACACAAGCCAGGCUCUCAUCCAUGAGAGCCCCAACCUGAGGGAAUAUGCAGACCACACGACAGAUGACGGGAAUAUUCCUGCCUGCGUUUUUUCUGUAUUUGGGAAGGGCCUAACAACCAUUUUAAAUGAGUAUGUAGCUACCAAGACAAAAGAGUCCUGUCAUGAAGUACCUCUCGUGAUGACAUCAUUGUGGAAAAAACUGGACUUCACACUCAACCAAAUCAAAUCUUUGCAGAAUUCUCCUUCUAUAUCAGCAAGUCAAAGAGCACGUUCGCGCAUCGGGGUGGCCAACAUGGCUCGGCAGCGCGUCCUGACCGUGGCUUCUGCUAGUGGUGUCGUGUGCUCAUCAGUCUCUGAAACGAACACCUUCAUCAGCCCAGCCUACACCUCCCACUGCAUGCUUGGCCACUCCACUCCCGUGUCCUUCACUGGCCCACACACCAGAACAGCUGCAAGCAACAGUCCACAGCUGGAAAUCAACGGCAGCAGAUUACUAAAUACACCCAGGGAUUCACCCGUACAUGUCAGUGUUUUAGAAUCCCGGCUAAAUCCUGGUCCAAUGUCUCCUUGUCGACGGAAAUGGGAUACCCCCAGGAAGAGAAGUGGUGCUCAGAGUGGGUCCAGUGGCCCAAGCAAAUCCACCGUGACUGCCAGUAGUGUCAACCCAGAACCCCAACCCGAGGAGAUCGUUGAUGAAAACUUUCCUCAACUCCUGAUACAGAAUGCACGUAACAAGAUAUUGGGAGACAGGUCGUUGCAAGAGAAGCUUGCGGAAAAUAUCAACAAAAUCCUUGCCAACGAACCAACACCCCAAGCAGCAAAGGCGUCUUCAAGCACCAUGGAGGCAGACCAGUCCAUAGAUGAAAUUCUGGGAUUACAGAGUGAAAUUCAUAUGAGUGAUGACGCCAUCCAUGACAUUUUGGAGCAAACAGAGUCUGAUCCAGCUUUUCAGGCUCUCUUUGACCUCUUUGAUUGCCAGAAAACCAAGCUCGCUGAUGGAGAAACAGGGGAAGGAGAUAUCGGUAGCAGUCAGGAAGAGAAUGACAAUGCUGGACCUUUAGCCCGGGCCCUUCAGAGUAAUGAUCCAGUUGCUGCCUGCCAAGACUCAAAUCCCUCUGAUUCAACGCCAGCACUAAAGAUAAGAGCUGGACAGGAGCGUAAGACCAGGAAGUCUACUGGUGCCCCCUUGUUAAGGAAAACGGUUAUUGACUCUAGCGGCAGAUCAUCCAGAAUUGAGAACAGCUCAGCCAGAUUAUUAGUGAGUCCUCGGGAGCACAGAAGCCCCUCAUCUGCUGCAGUCGACUGUAACUUUAAAGAAACAUCCUCACUCCUGAAUAACAAUGUUGGUCCAACUCCAAUGGAUGUUGAUGAGCCACCAGUUGCACUUCCCCUGCCCUUAGAGACUCUAAUCACUCAAGAGCCCACCUGUCAGGAGAGCAUCACCACCACAGCUGCCUUCACUAAAUCAGCUGCAGUUCCCUCAUCGAUGGACUCUGCUGAAUUUGAUGUGCCAGAAGAAACACUGGCCUCAAAUAUGGACAAACAACAAGACAAUGAGCAAACACAGACACCUGUUAGAGAACGAUCUUCAUCUGUAAGUGAUCAGCCUAGGUUUUUGUCUCCUGAGGAAGUUCAGCUGAAAAACACUCCUGAAGUGGCUGCUAGCCCGCCUCAUACUUCGGUUUCAAGCUGUGCAGAACAUGAUCUGCCAGUGUCUGCUCUUUCAGGUCCAACUGUCUCUGUGUGCUCGGCCGUUACAAUGGCCUCGCCGGCGUCAACUCCCACUCCUGAACCUACAUUACCCACAGUUGCCUCUACCUCAUCAGCUUUUACAGCUACAGCUGCCUCAUCCACACCUGCCUCUCCGGGGUCGUCCGUGGUUCCAGGAACACCCAGUGCUUCAAACACCAACGCCUGCACCCCAACCAAGGCUGGAGGAGACCCCAGCAACAUAGUGUCUUUGAAGAUCAUCAUAAGUGAUAACCAGGAUGAAGGUGGUUCCACAGGCACAGCCUUGAAUCAGGCAGUUUCAAACAUUUCUGUGGACAAAAUGCCCACCAUCUACCUUUCUAAUUCUCCAGCUAAGUCUCCUGGAGGCCCUGGCACUCCAAAGGCCAACUUUGACGAGGUGGCACAGGCAGUAAAUGGAUUACAAAGCUCUGAGGCACAUGACAGCCCUCUUAGCUGUAAAUCUGGAACAGUAGUUGCAUCACCAUUAAGCGGGACUUCACAAUUCCAGCAGAGAUACAUAAUUCAGUUACCCGUAGACACAACUAACCCUGGCCUCCAAGGAUCUCCUGCCAGCUAUUUCCUUGUCAGCCCAACUAGGGACAUUCAAGCCAGGCAGGUGCUGCUGCCUGCAGGCGUCUCAAAGGGGCAGCAGCCGUUUCCCAGCAGUCAGUCUGGGGUAACCACGGCAACUCAGUCCCAAGGCUUCUCCACAGGGUCAGCGGUUGUCUUACCAUCACCUGUAAAGCCUGUGGUCCUUCCUGGUUCUGUACUGGGACAAAAUACUGUGGGGAAGGUCCAGAUGGUGUCCAAUCAGCUUGUUGAUAUACCAAACCCUGUACCAGUACAACAAAAGAAAACUAUCAUACCCACUGAAAAAGCAGCCAAACACGCUGCAACUUCUGGCACAGAGGAAAAUCUGGCUGAUGAGGUGGUUCAACCUGAAAACACAGGCCAGCAGGAUGUAGUAAAAGGUCCCAAUCACAAAAGAAUUUUAUUUUUUGACUCUUCAGCUUCUAAGGUUCAGUCCCAAACUGCCAAAACCAAAUCAGUGACUCCCAGUACAUCCAGAUCACAAUCCAUCCAGCAGACUGAUAAAGAUAAGAGACAGUCAGCAUCUCGAAUAAAACCUGCAAUCUUGGGUGGCAACAAACCAAAGAGGAGGAUAGAGACUAUCAGAUGUCCAACAAGUCCUCAGGCUGGAGUGGGCUUUGCAAAAGAACCUGUUGUUUCACAAACAGAGAAGAAAGAUCCUGUUAAAAAGAGCUCCCGGAAACAGGAGCUCGGUAUUCACAAUGACUUUAAUAAUGCAGGUUCUAGCAGUGCUUCACUGACUGAGAAAAAAUCUGAAUCUGGAGAAAGGUCCAAAUCUAUUGAUGGAAAAAACAGUCAUGACAGACGUAGUAAUGAAUUAAGAGCUAAUGAUAGUUGUACCACCAGGUCAUCAUCGUCUGAUUCUGCACUUAAAUCAGGAAGCAGGAAGGACAAAGAUGAGAGCAUUAGGAAAGAACAUGCAGAGAAGCCUCCUUUGAAAUCACGUGAGGGGCGAACAGAGAAAAGGACUCCGUCUCAAGAUACACCAAAUGUCACAGCCAACAAGGAGAACGAAAUAAUUGGUAGCAUGCAAGAGCAUCAACAACCGUCAACAACACCUUCAACGUCAGCAUCAAGAGACUUUGGUCCUCCAGUUGUCACACAGCUGACGUCUAACACACAGCCCAGGACUACCAAGGCCGCAUCGAAGACGAGCUCUCUGGCCAAACAGGCAGCUGAGAUGCUGCAAGACAUUCAAGGAUUCAGCUGCCCUUCCACUCCAGUCAAAAAGGCUGGAGCAAGCGGUUCGGACAUUAGUGUUCCUGGGACUGGCCAUAUCUAUGAGGCACCUCUUGAUUGUCCCAGAACUCCUUCCUACCAGAAGAGGCCUAAAGAUCAAGAGGGGACUCCCAAAAAUGUAACACUUCCCAACACCCCUGAAGUACCCGGCUGCAGCCCUGCCAGUGAAGCUGGGAGUGAAAACAGCAUUAAUAUGGCUGCACACACCCUCAUGAUUCUUUCACGCGCUGCCAUCGCCAGGACGGGCACCCCACUGAAGGACAGCCUACGCCAGGAGGAAGCAGGAGAAAAGUCGCCCGGAAGCUCAAAGAACUGUAAGAAACGCAAACUGUCUUCUCCCACAGACAGCCCCUCUGCAAAGAGAGAGUCUAAACGAUCUUCAGGCAAAAAUAAAGACAGAGAGAAGAAGAAACUUGCUGAUUCUUUUCCCCAUGAUUUGGAUGUGGAUAAGUUCUUGUCUUCUCUUCACUAUGAUGAAUGAAACCGGACAGGAGAAGUCUGGCAUGUUGCUGUCUACUUAGAUUACAGUCCAGGAAUAGAACAAGCCAUCUGCUAAGCCAGUGACUCUGGUUCCUUUAGGAACUGUGCCUGAGACGUUACAAACUAUAAUGUUUCCUCAGCUAUUGUGCUAUAAGGAUCCUUUUUUUGUUUUGUUUAUUUCCAGUGUAGUUUAUCUGGAAUAAAAUUGUUAUAUAAACCAGUUGGGAAACCAUGGCACUUUCUUUUUUCUUUAUUUUUAACAUGUUUUAACCAUCACUCUUAAUUACAGUUUAACUAACAGUAUAUUGUACAGUAAUGAUUUCGGGGGGGAACAUACAGUACAUAAUGAGUACAUGUUAUUAACAGGUGACUCAAAACAUUUUUGGUCAAUAUUUGACUCUUCUUUGAUAAAUCCAUCUAAUGCUUGUGGACAGGUUGAUUUGUCAAAGUGCAUUUUGCAAAUGGUGUCUACGAAUUAUUUAAAAACUCACACUUGUUUCAUAUUUGUGUGUGUAUGUUUAAAAAAAAAAAAAGUCUGGGUAAAAA